AACAGGGAGCGAGACUGUGGGGCGAUAUGCGGGAAGAGGGAGAGAUGAUGCACCUUCUGUCCUCCUGCGCAACACCUGCAAGACCGCCCAGCAAGCUGGCACGCCCAGGCGCGAGUAGCAUACCGAACGGCACGCUGAAUCUGCGCUACUGAACAAUCAACAACACUGUCCGUCAGCCUGACACCUAACACGCGCAAGCGCGAGUGACAAACCGACUGACACGCUGAAGAACUUCCGCUGCCGAGAAGUCAUAAAAGAGGCGAACUGUGAGAUGAAGGACCCCACCAUAUGUAGUUAUGAGUGCCGUCGGCAGAGACAGGGAUGGGAGGAGGGAGGAGAGAGAGGAGGAGAGAGGACAGACAGAUAGACAGAGGCCGCCCCCGGACCGCGCAGUGGCAAACAAUGCGGAAAAGCCGAUCAAACACGCGCCGGCCUGCAAAACAAAAGCGCAAGACGGCACGGAGCCUCGGGAACCACCGUGGUAUAGCCUCUGUUUCAAACGAGGGGCGAGGGAGGAGCGAGGAGGAGGUGGGACAACUCGGCCGUUCGAUGGCAGCUCGUGGCCACCCGGCAACCCGGGAGCGCCAUCGGCGCGGCGGGCACCCCGAGGCCCGAAGACCGCCGAGAAUUAAACCGCCGAAAACCGACGAACCUUUGGCCCUCCGAGCUCUCCCGUGCCCCCUCGAGGGCGCGC